ACAGCUGCUCUCUUUCUUUCUUUGCUUUCCUCCCAUAUUCCAUUUUCACAAAUCCCAACCCCCAAGUUUUGCUUCUUUUCUUACUCUACCCAAAUCGCUAGAUUGCUGCCCCCUCCCACCCCCCACCCACACAUAUUUUUCUCUUCCCUUGUUUAACAACUAUAUGCUUCACUGUAUAACUUCAUUUCUCAGUUGCUCUUGCUGACUCUUAUCUCUUUUCCUUUUUCGUAUUUCUCACUCCAUAUCUAUCUGUUAUGCUGAAUUCGCUUCCUAUUUGAUCUUUUGUUGCCUCCGGUCUUCUGCUUUUCUAUCUGUCCCCUUUUUCCCAGGUUGGGGUUUAAAAUAGACAGUCAUUGCAGACCCCACAAGUUGAUAUCCAAUUGUGGAGAACAGCCUUGCAUUUUUCUGAUUAAUAUUUUGACGUCUAAUGCAAGAAUUUUGUGUCAAUAUUGCUUAGAGUCUACUACUGUAUAUUCCAUGUGAUGGUAGUCGGUGGUAAUUGACUUGUACAGUUGGGAAAAAGAUUUGAUGGGUUCUAGAUUCCCAUCUCACCAGCUCAGCAAUGGCCUUUACGUGUCAGGCCGGCCAGAGCAGCCGAAAGAAAGAACACCAACAAUGACUUCCGCGCCCAUGCCUUAUACUGGCGGUGACAUAAAGAAGUCAGGAGAGCUUGGGAAAAUGUUUGAUAUCCCUGUGGAUGGCUCCAAGUCGAGGAAAUCUGGACCCAUAACAGGUGCAACUUCGAGGACUGGAUUAUAUACAGGUGCUGCAUCACAUUCAGGACCUAUCAAUCCUAAUGCCGCUGCUAGGACUAGCUACUCAACCUCAGGUCCCAUAUCAUCCUCAGGGGUGCCUGGUUCAGUUUCUACAAAGAAAUCAAAUUCUGGGCCCCUUAGUAAGCAUGGCGAGCCUAUAAAAAAGUCAUCUGGUCCUCAAUCUGGUGGAGUGACACCAACAGGCCGCCAAAACUCAGGUCCUCAAGCACCGGUUCUCCCUGCAACAGGUCUUAUUACUUCUGGUCCUAUUUCUUCUGGGCCUCUGAAUUCCUCUGGGGCCCCAAGAAAGGUCUCCGGUCCUUUGGACUCAAUGGGGUCAGCCAAGUUUCAUGGCCCUUCUGUUGUUAACAGCCAGGCUGUGACAACUCUCAGUCAAAAUGAUGUGUAUUCCUUUAAGAGGAGCUUCCCUAAACCUAUUCUGUGGGCAAUGAUUUUGUUAUUUGUGAUGGGCUUUAUUGCCGGGGGAUUUAUACUUGGAGCGGUGCACAAUGCUAUUCUGCUGAUCGUUGUUGUGGUUCUCUUUGGAAUUGUUGCUGCAUUAUUCGUAUGGAACUCUUGCUGUGGUGGAAGUGCUAUAAUUAGUUUUAUUUCCCGCUAUCCAGAUGCUGAACUGAGAACAGCCAAAAAUGGCCAAUAUGUCAAGGUUUCUGGGGUGGUGACUUGUGGAAACGUGCCUCUUGAGUCAUCCUUUCAAAAAGUUCCUAGGUGUGUCUAUACAUCUACAAGUUUAUAUGAGUAUCGAGGAUGGGAUUCAAAAGCUGCAGGUCCUACUCACCGUCGUUUUACAUGGGGCCUCAGAUCUUCAGAAAGGCAUGUAGUCGAUUUUUAUAUCUCUGAUUUUCAGUCAGGGUUAAGAGCAUUGGUUAAGAGUGGCUGUGGUGCAAAGGUGACUCCUUAUGUAGACGAGUCGAUAGUUGUUGACGUGGAUCCAUUGAAUAAUGAGUUAUCUCCAGAAUUUAUCAGGUGGUUGAGAGAAAGAAAUCUUUCAAGUGAUGAUCGCAUAAUGCGACUGAAGGAAGGGUAUAUAAAAGAAGGAAGUACAGUUAGCGUGAUUGGAGUGGUUCAAAGGAAUGAGAACGUGCUUAUGAUAGUCCCUCCUCCCGAGCCAUUUACAACAGGUUGCCAGUGGCUGAAAUGUAUAUUUCCGGCUAGCCUUGAGGGCAUUGUGUUAAGAUGUGAAGAUGCGUCAAAAGUUGAUGCUAUACCAGUAUGAUAGGUUAUGUUCAACGUACUUAAGAUGGUAUGUGUGAUGUUAGGUACUUUAAGAUGUUUAUUGUGGAGAGAUGUCUGAAAAUAGUUGGUGUUCAAUUUCCUGUAUAGUUACUAGCUUUUGUUUUUAACUUUUAUUAGACAAUAUUGUAAUGAAGGAAUGGUUAAAUGCUGUAGCAAUGGAAAAUUAAAUGUUUGAGGCGUAGUGGUUA